CGGAUAAUAAAAAAUCAAAUUCAAAGCUUUCAGCUUCUUGCAAUCCGAUUUGUAUAUCGUUGAGGACUGUAUCUGUGGUACAACCCUCACAGCAGCAGCGUAGUAUCAAUUUAGGCAAAACCAAGUCAAGAAAAAUUCAACAACUGUGGAGAUGGCCUCCAAGUUUCUCGCGAACGCCAUCCGCCGUAGUAUCGGCAAGUCCACUGGGGCUUCCUUCCGCCUUUGCCGUUUUUCAACCGCCGCAGCCGUGGCCGCGGUCGAGCCUCUGGAAGAGGAUUCCAGUGGAAUAUCAAUGAAAGGAGUCAAAAUUUCCGGCAGACCCCUCUAUCUGGAUAUGCAGGCAACUUCGCCUGUGGACCCGAGGGUGCUUGACGCCAUGCUUCCUUAUUAUGUCUCCCGCUACGGGAACCCUCAUUCGCGGACCCAUCUUUACGGCUGGGAAUCGGAACAGGCAGUUGAAUCAGCUCGAGCCCAAGUCUCAGCCCUAAUUAACGCUUCGCCAAAGGAAAUUAUCUUCACCUCCGGCGCAACUGAGUCGAAUAACAUAUCGAUUAAGGGCGUUAUGCACUUCUACAAGGACAAGAAGCGCCACGUGAUCACCACCCAGACCGAGCACAAGUGUGUCCUGGAUUCCUGCCGGCAUUUGCAGCAGGAGGGCUUUGAAAUUACUUAUCUUCCCGUGAACCCUGAUGGGCUUGUAGACUUGAACAAGCUGCGUGCUUCAAUCCGGCCUGAUACUGGGCUAGUUUCUGUGAUGAUGGUGAAUAAUGAAAUUGGUGUGAUACAGCCGAUGGAGGAAAUUGGGGUAAUAUGCAAGGAACAUAAUGUUCCUUUGCACACUGAUGCUGCGCAGGCCUUGGGCAAGAUCCCAAUUGAUGUGAACAAAAUGAAUAUAAGUUUGAUGUCUUUGAGUGGACAUAAGAUUUACGGGCCAAAGGGGAUUGGGGCUUUGUAUAUGAGGAGGCGGCCGAGGAUCCGGGUGGAGCCCCAAAUGAAUGGGGGUGGACAAGAGAGGGGGAUAAGGAGUGGGACAGUCCCAACACCCUUGGUUGUCGGCUUUGGUGCUGCAUGCGAGCUGGCUAUGAAGGAAAUGGAGUAUGAUGAAACGAGGAUAAGGGCGUUGCAGCAGCGGUUAUUGAAUGGAAUUAGAUCAAAACUAGAAGGGGUUGUAGUGAAUGGAAGUGAGGAGAGCCGUUAUGUUGGGAAUUUGAACUUAUCCUUUGCCUUUGUGGAAGGGGAAAGCUUGUUAAUGGGGCUGAAGGAGGUGGCUGUAUCAAGUGGCAGUGCUUGCACAAGUGCAAGUUUGGAGCCAUCAUAUGUGUUGAGGGCGCUGGGAGUUGAUGAGGACAUGGCCCAUACCUCGAUAAGAUAUGGGAUAGGGAGGUUCACGACCGAAGAGGAAAUUGAUAAAGCGGUCGAGCUCACUGUAAAGCAGGUGGAGAAAUUGAGAGAAAUGAGCCCACUAUAUGAGAUGUAUAAGGAUGGGAUUGACAUUAAGAGUAUCCAAUGGGCACAGCACUGAGUGAAUGGAAUAAUGGGAUAUUGUGAUCGUGAUGAUAAAUUAAGAGAGCCUUAUGGAGUUGCAGGUCACUCAUACAGAGUGCUUACUUCUGCUGGCAAAGCAUUUGAAUGCUCAAUGGGCUUUACCAGGUCUCAUCUGAGAUUGCUCUACAUGUUUCAGGACCUCAAUACGUAGUUGCAUUACAAUUAAGUUUGUUCCUAGAUGAAAUCUUUUGGAUGUUUAUGCCAUGAUAUUAAACAAAUAAAAUAUCAUGUUAUAAGCAGGACGUACUUAUACUUUUGGUAGAGUAAGAAUUGGAAUGGGAUUUAUGCUUCUUGA